AUGGGUAAUCAGUUAAAUAGUGGCCAAUUAGAUGAUGCUUUUACUACAAAAGGAUUUAAAGGUUUAUAGAGGUCACAUUUAUCUUUUGUGGGGUAGAGUACGAUUGCGUACGCUGCUUGUCGGAGGUACCUUUUUCAACCUUUUUCCUAACACGAUUGCGUACGUUAUUUUUAUGCAACGUUGUCACGCUGGAAAAUCACAGACGAAACUGGAAACGAUAUUAAAUUUAAAAUAAAAGUUCACAUUACUUAUUAUCAAGUAGAUUAAAGGAGAUAUGUGAUAUUAUGUGAUUUCGUAAUAUUUAUAUAUAUAGGUUGAUAAUCUGUUGACCUGUAGGCUGUCCAUAGAUCGAUAUUCUAUACGUUUAAUAUAUUUAACAAUCAAGCCGGUAACGAGUACUUGAACGAAAAAUUGAUUUUAUAAAUUUGGCAAUGUAGCAUACCCUAUCGUGUCGUUUUAUGGGUUUUUUUUUUUUAUGGGUUUCAUUGUUAUACAGCAAACAUACGCAAUCGUGUUCCAGAAAAGGUAAAUCGUACGCAAUCGGAUUCUACCCCUUUUGUAAAUCACCAAAAACAAAGUCUCACAUUAAUAGUGUUUCGGUAAUAAAAAGUUUUUUAAAAUCAACACCAAUAAAUCAAGUUUUAGAUGAAAAAAGAAAAUCCAUCUCGAAAAAACGUGAAGUUGAUCGAUCACAUAUUAUGGUAUCAUAUUUCUUUGUUUCUAGCUAAAAGAGGUUUGGCUUUCCGUGGCCAUGAUGAAACAAAAAAUUGUUUUAAGUUUUAAUCAAGGUAAUUUUAAAGAGCUUGUAAAAUUUUUGGAAAAGUAUAAUGGUAUGCUUAUCACACAUUUAGAGGUAAACAAAAUGCACAGUAUUUAAGUAACCAUAUUCAAAACGCUAUGAUCACAUCCCUUCACACUGUACUACUUAAAAAUUCAAAUUUGAAGUGAAAAAUACAAACAUAUCUACAAUUGCAGAUGAAACCAGUUAUAUAAGGCAUCAUGAACAGUUAUCUAUUAUUGUUCGACAUUUCGAUUUACAAAAGAAUAGACAUGUUGAAACUUUAAUUGGAUUAAAACGCAUGACAUCACUUAACGCUGAAUCAAUUUAUAAUAUGAUAACUUUUGUGUUACAGCAGUUUUCUAAAGACAGGUCUAAAAUCUUAGCUGUUUGUUUUGAUGAAGCUAGUACAAUAACUGGUAGUAUAUCUGGAGUGCAAGAAGAUGUAAACAAGAAAAUAACAAUAUAUUUUAUAUUUAUUGUUAUGCCCGUUGUUUAAAUUUAGCAUUGAUUGAUAGAAUUUUUGAAAAAUCCAAUACUAAAUCAGCUUUAAAAUAUAGCUCUCUUAUUUUUGAAUUUUUUGGAACAGUUCAGUUUGUUCAUACUUUUUAUAAAACAGUACCAUUAGAUAUAUUGAAAAACAUAGUGAAAGAAUCUGGCCAACAGGUUUUAACUUUGAAAUCAUUUUCAACUACUCGGUGGACUCAUAGUGCUGAAGUUGUUUCUUCUAUUAAAAAAAAUUGUAAUAUUAUAUUGCCAGCUCUAUACAUAACUUUUAUGAUGACUGUGCCAUACCAAAAAUUCGAGUAAAAGGCCUUUUUAACAGUUGCAAACAUUUUAAUUUAUUUUUGUUUUGUCGAUGAUGGAACCUAAUUUGCAAAUGAUCAAGUCGUUACAGUCUUCGAAUUUAGACUUGUUCACUGCUGUUCAACUGAACAUUUCAUUGAAAAAAUCUCUAGUUUUAAUGAGGAAUAGUGAACAGUUUAAUUAAAUGUUUGCUAAUUGCCUAAAAAUAUGUAAGGAACAUGAUAUAGAAAUUCCAGAAGUCAAAAAUGGAAAAAUAUCCAUAAAAAUAGACUCUAUAAAAACCCAACACAUGUUUGUGUCAAAGUCAGAAGACUAAAAGUAACAGUUUUUACAAAACCUUAGAUGUAUUAAUAAAUGGAUUAAAUUUAAAGUUCACUCAGGAAAUUCUUGAUAUGAUAAAUGGUGUAGGCAAAAUGUUAAAUUUAGAAAUACAUAAAACCAAUCUCUAUGAAGUACUACAAAAGAUAUUCUUAAUCUCUCAUGAAGGACUUGUUGCUGAAAUAAGGAUUUUAAAAGGCAUUCCAAAUGUUCCAAAUGGCUUAUCAACAAAAGCAGUUAACAAUUGA